AUGCCUAGCGCCAUUGCUACGGGUGACUUUGGACCCGCACCGCCUGGGUUGAAUUUAGCAAAGAACCAGACAGGCAACUUGUUGGGAGCAGUUAUUCCUGUCGCGGUGAUGGGGACCACUGCGGUUCUGUUGCGAUUGAUUGCGCGAAUGAAGACCAAAGAGGCGAUCAAAUUCGCUGCCGAUGACUACCUAAUCAUUGCAGCGCUUUUCUUCUCUUGGGGGACAGCAAUCUCCUGCUUCAUCAGCAUUCAUUAUGGCAAUGGUUAUCAUUUGCAAUCCUUGAACAAAGCAGAGUUCAUCACGGUUUGGAAAACUCUUUUCGCCUAUGUUGUAAUCUACGCCACCGCCGUCACCUUCACCAAAUCCUCGAUUGUCUUCUUUUACGGCCGCAUCUUCAGCUUUCGCAGGUCACUCGGCUUCUGCAUGUUCUUGGUUUUUGGGUACUGGGUCACCAUCGUCAUCACGGUUGCAGUAGCCUGUCGACCACUGCCAUAUUUCUGGCUGGCCUAUACUGAUCCAACGUCCGUGGGUGUCUGCAUCAACGUGCCCGCAUUCUUUUUCGGCAAUGGAAUUGCUGCCCUGUUGAUUGAUGUGACAAUCUUGUGCGUGCCGAUGCCAACGAUAUAUAGGUUACAGAUGCAAUUGUCGUUGAAGGUAGCGGUCAUGGGCAUCUUGCUCUUGGGGAGUUUUGUCUGCGUGACGAGUAUUUGCCGAAUCCUCGCGCUACAGAGAAACACCCACGGAACAGAUGCUACGUGGACUAUGGCACCCGUCUUUAUCUGGUCCUGCGUGGAACCUUUUGUUGGGAUCAUCUGCGCAUGCCUCCCUACCUUUGGCCCUUUCUUUCGUCGGUGGUGGGCCAAGGUUCGGACAAUGCGUUCAUCAAACAAUCACAGCACGAAUCCGAGAGCUGAACGUCCAUCGAUUACAACGACCUGGCCCCGGAAACCCCGAGUAAAGAUGCCCCCGAAAGACUCAUUCUUCGGCAUCAAUGAAUUUGACUGUGUCGACGAGGUCGAAUUAAUGAACGACCCACAUGUUACCCGGUCAUUGAGAGACGAAUCUAUGAGUGAUCACCAAGAUGUGGAGCGAGGACAAUCCAGUGGCAGUAUAGUCCGACAAGAUGUGGAUGUGACCUGGGACAAAUGUAAAACCGACAAAAUCAGCUGA